GCUGCUCCUACACUGUGUUAUGAGUUGAACUAUCCUCGAACACCAAAAAUUAGGAAAAUAUUUUUAUUAAGAAGAACACUUGAAUCAAUAUUUCUAGUUAAUAUAUUGUUAGCAUUGUCACAGCAGUGGCUAGUACCUACUGUAAUGGGAUCACUGGAACCACUUCAGUCAAUGGAUUUAUUAAUGAUGAUACAGAGAGGACUGUUACUAGCGCUCCCUAAUCACCUCCUCUGGUUAUUGUUAUUCUAUUUUUAUUUCCAUUCCUAUCUCAACGUCCUUGCUGAGUUACUGAGGUUUGGUGAUCGCUCCUUCUACAAGGACUGGUGGAACGCUGACAGUAUUGAUACCUUCUGGAGACACUGGAACGUACCAGUACACCGCUGGGCUGCUAGGCAUGUGUAUUACCCGUUGCUCAGUAGAGGGUAUUCCAGGGUUAUGUCUCAGAUAGCAGUGUUCCUAUUAUCAGCUUUCUUUCAUGAAUAUUUGGUUAGUAUUCCUUUGCGUAUGUUAAGGCCCUGGGCAUUCACUGCUAUGUUAUCUCAAGUACCGCUAGCUCUAUUAACGUCAUUAGAAGUGAUGAGAGGUCAGCCUGGUAAUGUGGUGGUAUGGGUGUCCAUUAUACUGGGACAACCCCUGGCUAUUAUGAUG